AUGCGUUCCGCUGCUUUGGGCAAUAUUGACCAGGGCAAGCAUCAAGGACUCCACCUUGCCGAUCUGGCUAAAUAUGGUGAUGAGAAAAGAUCUGCAGAGUUCUGCAGCUUCGCCCUGACGAAGGCCCUCCCUCACUUCCGUAGCUAUGGCCGCCGGUGA